CCGCCCGGCUACGCGCUGCGCGGGCCCGCGCCGCCCGCCAAGCGCGCGCCCGACGCCCGCAGCCCCAUGCCGCCGCAGCACAAGCCCGCGCUCUACAACCCAGACGCGUACGGCGGCGGGCCGGCGGCGAAGCGCAAGAAGCGCCUCGCGGACAAGAUCCUGCCGCAGAAGGUGCGCGACUUGGUGCCUGAGUCGCAGGCCUACAUGGACUUGCUGGCCUUCGAGCGCAAGCUGGACGCCACCAUCCUGCGCAAGCGCCUCGACAUCCAGGAGGCGCUCAAGCGGCCCAUGAAGCAGAAACGAAAGCUGCGCAUCUUCAUCUCUAACACCUUCUACCCGGGUCAGGGCGAAAACGGCGUGGCGUCGUGGGAGCUGCGCGUGGAGGGCCGGCUGCUGGAUGACUCCAAGAACGACCCCAACAAGGUGAAGCGCAAGUUCUCCUCCUUCUUCAAGUCGCUGGUCAUCGAGCUGGACAAGGAGUUGUAUGGGCCCGACAACCACCUCGUCGAGUGGCACCGCACUGUCACCACCCAGGAGACCGACGGCUUCCAAGUGAAGCGGCCCGGCUACAAGAACGUGCGCUGCACCAUCCUGCUGCUGCUGGACUACCAGCCCAUGCAGUUCAAGCUGGACCAGCGGCUGGCCCGCCUGCUGGGCGUACACACGCAGGCGCGGCCCGUCAUCGUCAACGCGCUCUGGCAGUACGUCAAGACGCACAAGCUGCAGGACCCGCACGAGCGCGAGUGGGUGGUGUGCGACAAGUACCUGGAGCAGAUCUUCGGCGUGGCGCGCAUGAAGCUGGCCGAGGUGCCGGCGCGGCUGGGCGCGCUGCUGCACGCGCCCGACCCCAUCGUCAUCAACCACGUCAUCGCCGUGGAGCCUCCGCACGACGCCAAGCAGACCGCCUGCUACGACAUCGACGUGGAGGUGGACGACACGCUCAAGGCGCAGAUGAACAACUUCCUGCUCAGCACCGCCAACCAGCAGGAGAUCCAGGGGCUCGACGCCAAGAUACACGAGACCGUGGACACUAUCAACCAGCUGAAGACCAACCGCGAGUUUUUCCUGAGCUUCAGCAAGGACCCGCAGCAGUUCAUCCACAAGUGGCUCGUCAGCCAGUCGCGGGAUCUCAAGACGCUGGGCGCGGCGGGCGCGGGCGCGGGCAGCCCCGAGGAGGAGCGCGCCAGCGCCUUCUACGUGCAGGCCUGGGCGCGCGAGGCCGUGCAGCGCUAUCUGCACGCGCGGCUGGCCGCGCGGCGCCGCGACCUGGACGCGCAGCUGCAGCACCACCACCUGGCGCGCCUGUGACCUGGCCAGCUGCAGCACCACCACCUGGCGCGUCUGUGACCUGCCGCAGCUGGACGCUCAGCUGCAGCACUAACAAUCGCUAACAAUAAUAAUGUAUCUUCUUAAAUCAAUAAAUCUUUUCCAUACAA